UGAGAAGGAGAAAAUAAUUAGGGGAUUUCAAUAUUUAAUCACUUAUUAAGAAUCACUCAAUACAGCCUCAUAUUCUGAUGUUAUUUUAGCAUUUCAGAAUUUAGUUUCUCCAUCUGUUUCAAUAUAUUAAUAAAAAUCAUGUAGUUACUGUUAAAAAUACUGAGAUUGUAAGAAUAGUCAUUUGAUUGUGUUGCACUGCCUUAGCAAUACUAAUUUUCAAAGCUGAUUAAAUAACAUCUCACUUUCUGCUACAGACGAAAUACUGUAGCGCUAUAGACUAACUAUAAAACAAAAUAUAAUUUGGAGUUGCAGAACAUGUGACCUGAGGAUUAAAUGCAGAUUCUGAUCACCACCUCCUGUAAGCUGUAAGGUGAGGACAAUGCUGUUCAACUUACUUUAUUGCUGAUUAACUUGAACAAGCAGCGAUUUCUAUUCAUCUAUCAAAGUAUUACUAAAAUUGUUUAUCAUUAUUUGUUUUGUAGUAGUAGCUAGGAGACCCAAUCAGGGAUCAAGCACUACACACAUUCCCACAGUCCCCCCAAAAAUGGUCCUUGCCUCAGGGAACUUACAAUCUAAGAAGAGACAAGACCAACAGGUGGAUACAACAAACAGAUAGAGAGAAGAAAGUCACCAUGAAAAUUAUGACCAGUGUAAUGAACAGCAGUCACUUUUGAGUGACUGACUUUGAAACCUUAAUCAUAUUAUUUUAACUUUGUUUUGUGUGUGUCAUAUGUAUAUAUACAGUGCACAGCUACAGAAAGAACUACCUAGUUACAUCAUCCAAAAGUAUACACAUUCUUGCACACAAUUUUUGAGGAAAAUCUUUCACAUCCUGCAAGCCCACCGACACAGAGCAAAAGCAAGAAAGCACUCCACAAAACCAUAAAAACCUCAACAAAUCACUUGGCAGAGACUACUAAGCAAGUAGAGGGGUUUUGGCUGACAAGACAAAUUGAGCAGUGUUUGAUUUAGAGCCUGUUUACUUUGGGAGAUAUACAAUUUACUAGCAUCAAAGUUCAGAUUUAAACUCAGCAAUUCGCUUUAUUCUAGCUAUUCAACGUAUUCCUCUCUACACAGUGGCUUGGAGCUUCUGACCUGUCACAAUGAAGCUCCUAUUUCAUUUGUUUGUUCUCUCUUUCAUCAUAAGAUCUGCAUUUUGUGGGAUCAAAGACUUUAAUAAGCACUUUGAAAGUGUUAAUCAAGCUGUAAAUCCUCAUGCGCCCCAUGAAAAUGAAACCCAUGAUAUGCCUAAUUUUCCACCAGAGUUCCAUAAGGAAAAUACUAUAACCAAUGACUUGAUUGCUGAGGAAGAAGAGGAGGAAGACUAUCUAGACUGGGAAAAGAUACUUGAUGAGGAUUAUUAUGGUGACAUAAUUGAUGCUUCUCCAUAUCCCUAUACGGUUGCUGAAAUUCCGCAAGGAAAUAUUCUUGAGCUAUUCCAUGGUAAAACCAGAAUCCAGCGUCUCAACAUCCUCAAUGCAAACUUUGGCUUCAACCUUUAUCGGAGUCUGAAGGACAGAGCCAAUUCUUCAGAUAACAUUCUGAUGGCUCCUGUUGGUAUUUCCACUGCAAUGGCUAUGAUUUCAUUAGGGCUGAAGGGACAAACACACCAGGAAGUAUUCUCUGUUCUAGGCUUCAGAGACUUCAUUAACGCCAGUUCCAAGUAUGAGAUUAUGACAAUUCACAACCUCUUCCGUAAACUAACUCACCGGCUCUUCAGACGCAAUUUUGGUUACACACUGCGAUCGGUGAAUGAUCUUUAUAUUCGGAAGCAAUUUUCUAUUAUGGACGAUUUCAGAAACAACACGAAAAAUUAUUACUUUGCUGAGGCUCAGUCAUCUGACUUCUCAGAUCCUGCCUUCAUCACUAAAACCAACGAGCACAUCUCGAAACUGACCAAAGGAUUAAUAAAAGAAGCUCUGGUGAACAUCAACCCCACAACACUGAUGAUGAUUCUCAACUGUAUUUACUUUAAAGGAACUUGGGAAAACAAGUUUCCAGUGGAAAUGACAAACAAACGGACCUUCCGACUGAAUGAAAAAGAAACAAUAAAGGUUCCUAUGAUGCAGACCAAAGGAAACUUCCUGGCUGCUGCAGACCAUGAGCUAGACUGUGGUGUGCUCCGGCUGCCGUACGUGGGGAACAUCAGCAUGCUGAUUGUGCUUCCAAACAAACUAUCUGGCAUGAAAGCACUGGAGAAGCAACUGACUCCUCAGGUGGUGGAGAAAUGGCAAAACAGCAUGACAAACAGAACAAGAGAGGUAGUUCUGCCUAAAUUUAAGCUGGAGAAGAGCUAUGACCUGACUGAUUAUUUGAAAUCCAUGGGAAUAGAGACACUGUUUGACAACAAUGGCGACUAUUCUGGAAUAUCAGAUGAUAAAGUCAUCAUUGAUAUGUUCAAUCACCAAGGCAAAAUUACUGUGAACGAGGAAGGUACAGAAGCUGCAGCUGUGACCACGGUAGGGUUCAUGCCCCUUUCCACCCAGAUUCGUUUCGUCGUUGACCGCCCCUUUCUGUUUCUCAUCUACGAGCAUCGCACCAACUGCCUGCUGUUCAUGGGCAGAGUAGCCAACCCCAGCAAGUUUUAAAAACAGAGGAGUGCUCUCAUAUCCAGGUUGUAUGAUUACAUUUUAGUAUAGCUAUUUCUGAAAGGAAGUUUUUACUUAUCACAUUAGUCAGAGGUUACUGUCAUUACACAUGACUCACCAUUUAUCAGUGGAAAAUGCAAUAUAUACAAGACUAUUCAUGUAUAUAUAUAUCUAUAUAUAUAUGAAUGGACUCACAGCAGUAGAUGAUUUGACUGCAAUUUAUAAAGAUUAAUGCCAGGCACUGAUAUAUCUGUAUUAAAAUCUCAUAAAGUAACCUACACAGUGUUAUAUUCAAUGUAUUGAACUUAACCAGCAAAUAAAACAUUAGACCAGGAUUUUUAAAAGCGGAUGUCUACAGUUAAUUUCUUAAAUCUGUAUUUAGACACUUACAAACAGGCAGGCCUAAGAAAGUGCUGAACGCCUUGCAGUUCUGGUACCUAAACAUAGAAUUAGAGAUCUAACUUGAGGUACCCGUUUUGAAAAACUUGCCCUCAGAGCCUGAUUCUGCCCUCUGAUAUCUCAUAGGCCAAAUUCAGCCUAGAGAAAACUGGCACAAUUCCCAGGGAAGUCCCAGUCAAACCCAGCAGCAAUCUAAAUGGAGGUAUAAAUAGUGAAGUAGAGAAACUUGUACUGAUUUCACAUUCAACAGGUUUAUAAAACAUGAAACUCACAAACCAAAGAGGCAGAAAAGAGGGACUGUAGGAAAAGUAAGGUACCAUUAAGUCUGGUUUUGAUUUCAUACCAGUUCUACAUUGGCAGGGCGCCAAUGAUUUCAAUACAGUCACACCUGAUUUCCAGUGUGAAGUCAGAGUCAGGCCAAAUGGGUAAUUUAUACCACUGUAAACUGUCACCAAAUUUAGCCAAUUGUGUAUAGACACACAUCUGUGGGGGGUAUAAGGUCCAUAACACAGCUUAUAUACAAAAAGGCUUUUAUAUAAAUAAGUAGACAGGGAAAAACUCCCUCCCCUACAUACCCUCAAUACCUGAAGUCUUACAUUUUCUAACACAUUUUAUUUUCUCCAUUUUUUUUUUAUAUAGAAAAGGUUUACAUAAACAAAGCAUUUAGGCAGAAAAUAGGGGCUCUAAAGCUAACCUCAUGCUCAGUCUAAUGCACUUUAGUGUGAAAAACUUGAUAAAAAUAAUUAACUACUGGUAACUUUUUCAGGUUUUACAGUAGGAACAUAAACACUGUCUAAUUAUUCUCAUCAUCCACGUAGACACAAUGUACUUCCAUGCUAAAAUGCUACUGUUUGACAGGAGGAACAAAUUUACACUUUUUCUAUGAACUGUCAAGAUAAGUACACUGACAACACAUGUAUUCACAUUUCAAACCUUCCCUUUUCUCUGUGCCUUCUAAAGAAUUCAUAUUGCAGUCUCACAAGUUUACUGCAUUAUUUGGAAUAUCUAAUAUUAUACAAAAUCUAAAUGUUUUCAAUAUUAAACUUGCCUUUGCAUAUUUUCUUUGGCAGCAUAAGAGAAAAAACAAACAAUAGUACUUUCAUGGAUUUACAAGUCUUUAAUGAAGUCUUUAAAAUGCAAUUUGGAGUUGAUCCUGUUUUGCUUUUAUACAGUAUGUGUCAUUUUCAAUUUUGUGCCCAACCAUAAAUGAAGCUGUUUAAACAUUCAAGUAAAUGAAACAUACCUAUUGUAUAGGAAAUAGCAUGGUGAAGAGCUGAUAUCAAAUAAUUAUUCAACUUAAUAAAUAGUUUUUCCUUUUUCAAUAUUCCUACUUCAUAUACAGCCCUUGUUGAAGAGGUUUUUUUGCACACCCAUAUUUUCUGAGUGUUAAAAAGCUUUGCCACAGAAAACCAUCUUAUUCUUCACAAAUGUGGAACACAUAUUUAAGAAAAUCAAAUUAAGAAGCUAAAAGAAACCUUUGGCAAUCAAGAAUGAGUUUAUCAAAGACUACGUUAGUUGGAAACAAAGUUCUAAACGUUAUUUUUGAGGCCAAGACCAAUUCCUGUAACCAGGGAAAGAGGACAAAUAGAAAAGCAAAUGUAGCUGCAGCUCAGAACUCAUGAUCUUUAUGCAUUGUGCAAGAAAAUCAAAUAUUUGCUUCUGCACCCAAAAUGUAACCAUUAACUCUUGCUACAGCUUCUGACACUAUUUAUUUUACUCCAUGUAAAGGUCACAUUCGUUAAGAAAAAUGCAGUAUAUAUCAAGUACUCAAAUCAAAUGCAUUUUAUCAACCAACAUGUGAAAUAGAAAACAGCCCCUUGCAGUAUGUCACAAAUGAAAGAGACCAUUUUCGUACUUUUUUAAAAGCCUGAUCUUACUCCCUUUGAAGUCAAUGCCAAA